AUUUGCUUCAUUUAUUCCUUACACACGGUUGGAAGCACGCUUUUUUGUUCGCAGAUGCUGAGAAGGGUCGCCAAGCUGCUGCACCACCUGCGGCUGACGCGUCGCGCGGUGCUUCUGACUGCGCUGCUGUCGUGCGCGGUCACUGCGGCUGCGUGCUGGAUGCUGAUGUGCAGAGACGGCAUCCUGCCACGGCCGCCGGCGCCCGGCAUCACCAUCCUGGAGAGCGGCAGUGUUGUAACGCACGGCUUUGUGGACUUGGACGGCGCGAACGCAGUCCCACUGCGGCUGAUUCCACCCAGCGAGCACGCAGCACUCCGACUUCAGCAACGAGCAGCGCCCGAUGAUGGUAGCGGUGGUGCUGCUGCUGCGGGGUGCAUGGGCGAGGACGCGGCCGAGUGGUCGGUCAGCGUCGCGUGGAACCGCGCGCCACAGGCCGCAGCCACACGAUGCCCAGCCACGCUGCCAGUCAUCUACGCAAUCACGGUCGUCAAGGACACGCCUGCAAUGAAGGCCGAUCUGGUCCGCCUGGCAAACACGCUGCGCCAGGUGCCCGCGCUGCACUGGGUCGUCGUCGACUGCGCUUCAAAGCCGCUCGCGCGCGUCUCGCACGUCCUGCGCGACUCGGGCAUGGACGGCGCGUACUCGCAUCUGGCCAUUACAGGCUGCAGCUCGGAUCUCAUCCGCCAGCGCAGCCUCGCGAUCGGGUACAUUGAGCGAGAGCUCUUUCGCCGGCCACUGCGGAUAGCGGGGGGUCUCGUCGUGGACUACAAGCCAUACAUUGCCCAGGACAUGCCGCCAGUCAACCGAAGAUGCAUCCAGCACGCAACGCCAUCGGGCGUCGUGUUCUUUGCAGACAUGGAGUACGUCUACAGUCUGGCGCUAUUCCGCGAGAUGCGGUUUACCAAACACGCGUCCGUCUGGCCGGUUGGGUUUGCGGAUGGCUUGAGUUACGAGGGCCCCGUCGUCGAUCCCGACUCGCGGCGUAUCAUUGCCUGGCGCACGACUGCGGAGCAGACCGCAGUGCUGCCACUCCCUGUCGUGGGCUUUGCUAUGAACAUUGCACUUGUUCUUUCGGCCAAAGAAACACUCAUGUGGCAGUCCCAACUCAACCCUCUGCGACCCCUUUCAGACAUGGUUGCUUCGUGCGUCAACCUCAACCUCACUCUGCUCGAACCACAGGCCAGGCUCGGCCGAGAUAUACUCGUCUGGAACCUGCUCACCGAGGAGCCCAGUUUACGAUACGAGCCCAAGUCGGACUUGAAACGGUUUGAAGCGUAAAGUCCAUGCUUCUAGUCGAGUGAGGCAGUCCACUCUCUGCCGAGCGCUGGGCGUUUUUCGUGUUGGAGAGAAAGAGAUUUCGUUUUAUGGUGUUUUGUUGUUUGUUGGUUUGUUUAUUUUCCGGUUUUUUUUUUCUUUGUGAGCGCGCUAUUUCACUUGUAGUGUGGUGCAUGCGAGUCAUCAAUCAGAGCAA